GUGAGAGCGAGGGAGCGCGCAGGGGAGCGCGGCGCAGCCCUCCCAGCGCCCGCAGGCAGCGCCGGCCCCGCCGCCCGCCCGGCCCGGCCCGGCCCGCCGCCCCGGAGCCCUGCCAGCUGCGGGCAGCGCACGGCGGGCCGGCGAUGCGGCGCGCAGGUCCCGGGCGCCGGAGCCUAUGAGCGGCGUCGCGCCGCCCCGUCGGCUGUCGGGCAGUGAGCGGCGAGCGGGCGGGUGAGCGCGGGCGGGCGGCCGGAGCCGCGGCGCGGCGGGAUGUGAGCGGGGCGGCCGAGGGGGCCGGCGCGGCGGGAGCGGCACGGCGGAGCGGAGCGGUGGAGCGGCCAUGCCCUUCUGAGGAGCCGCGCAGGAUGUUCGGGUUGGAGCAGUUCGAGCCGCAGAGCAGCAGCCGGAGCGGCGGGCAGGCAGAGCGGGGCUUCGGGCAGCCCGGACUGAGCAUGAGCGCGCACUUCAAGGCGCCGGCCUUCCCCGGCGGCGGCCCGGCGGCGGCGGCGGCCGUGGACCCGGCCCUGGGCGCGCUGGGCGACCCGCCCCUCCUGGGCAUGAACAUGAGUCUGGCCGGGGACGCCUACGGCUUCCCGGGCCGCGGCCCCGGAGAGCUGCACGGCGGCGGCAUGCAACCGCCGGUGCACGGCUUCUUCGGCGGGCAGCAGCCGCACGGCGGCCACGGAGGAGCCCACCACCCCCACCAGCACCCCCCGCACUUCGGCGGCAACUUCGGGCCCGACCCCGGCGCCUCCUGCGUUCACGGCGGCCGGCUCCUGGGCUACAGCGGGGCGCUGGGCGGGCAGACGGCGUUCGCCGACGGCUACGAGCACAUGGCCGAGAGCCAGGGCGGUGAGGGCUUCGGGCAGCAGCGGCCCGGGAACCUGCCCGACUUCCAGCACCACAGCGCCGGCGGCUCCAACCACGCCGUGCCGGCGCCCUGCCUGCCCCUCGACCAGUCCCCCAACCGCGCCGCCUCCUUCCACGGGCUGCCGGCGGCCGGCUCCUCCGAGCCUCACGGCCUGGAGCAGCGGCGUCUGCCCGCGCAGGGCGGCGUGGACUCGCUGGAAUACAAUUACCCCGGCGAUGGCCCCGCCGGGCACUUCGAGCUGCCCGUCUUCUCCCCGUCGGAGCCCGAGGGGCAGCUGCCACACUACGGUGGCGGGCGGCAGGUACCGGCAGGCGGCAGCUUCGCCGGGGCGCCCGCCCUGCCCCGGGCGCCGGGCAUGGCCGUGGCCAAGGCGCACCCGCCGCAGCAGCACGGUGUCUUCUUCGAGCGCUUCGGGGGAGCGCGGAAGAUGUCCGCCAGCCUGGAGCCGGGGGCCAGCGCCAGGCACCCACUGAUGCAGCAGCAGCAGCCGCCGCAGCCGCCGCAGCAGCCGCCGGGCUUGCUGGCCAGACAGAACUCCUGCCCGCCAGCCAUUCCUAGGCAACAGCAAGCAGAAGCCAACGCUCCCAACCCCAACCUGCAGGACAAUGGGCCCAUAAUGCAGAACCAGCAUGCACAGUUUGAAUACCCUAUUCACAGACUGGAGAACAGGAAUAUGCAUCCCUACACCGACCCCAUGUUUAAUAUGCAGCACCCUCCUCCGCAACAGCCACCAAAUCAAAGACUGCAGCACUUCGAUGCCCCCUACGUGAGCGUCGCCAAGAGGCCACGGUUCGACUUCCCCGGCAACCCCGGUGUCGAGCGCUGCGCCUCCUGGGGCAGCAGCAUGCACGGCCCCGCCAUGGAGAGCCACCUCUCCCCGACGGGCUACCCGGGCCUGCCGGGCGAGUUCACCCCGCCGGCGCCCGAGGCCUUUGGGGGGCCGCUGCCGCACGGCGGCCCCGAGCACCCGGCGCUGGCCCAGCGCCAGAACGCGGCCCUGGUGAUGAAGCAGAUGGCCUCGCGCAGCCAGCAGCGCCUGCGGCCGCCCAGCCUGCAGCAGCUGGGGCACCAUGGCGAGGUGGGCCCGCCUGGCAGCCUGCCCCCGCCCGCCUUCGAGCGGGAGCCCAGCAGCGGUGCCCGUGGCUUCGACCCUCCGGCGCCGCACCUGGCCCCCGACAGCGCCUGGUUCGCGGGGCCGCCGCCCGGGGAGCUGCUGCCGCGGCGCAUGGCGGCCCCGGGGCUGCCGGCCGAGGCGGCCCCCCACGAGCUGGGCCUGCAGCCCGGCGGGGCUGCUGUGCUGUUCCGGCCGGGCGCUGGCGGGCUGGGGCUGCAGGAGCCCCUGCGGAUGGCGGGCGAGGGCCCGGCACAGGCCCUGGCCUCACCUGGCGUCCACCCACCCUUUGCACCUACCAUGGGUGGCCUCUCGCAGCUGCAGUCCCCGGGCGGUGGGGUGGCCCUGCCCAGCGCACCCGCCGAGCGCCGUGGCCCCGCCGACUUCGCCGCCCAGCCCGGCUUCCCCUUCGCGGCAGCGGCGCGGCAGCCCGCGGCCCACGGGCCUGCGCCUGCCCUCAGCGCCUCGCCGGGCGCCUACCCCCCGCCCCCGCCGGAGUUCCCCCCGCCGCCACCUCCGCGGCCUGCCGCCAGCAAGCUGGGUGCCCUCUCGCUGGGCUCCUUCAGCAAGCCCGCCAGCAAGGACAACGUCUUUGGGCAGAGCUGCCUGGCCGCCCUCUCCACUGCCUGCCAGAACAUGAUCGCUAGCCUGGGCGCCCCCAACCUUAACGUCACCUUCAACAAGAAGAGCCCGGCUGAGGCCAAGCGCAAGCUCAGCCAGGCCGAGCCUGACCCGCCGCCGCCCGCUGCCCAGGACUACUUCCCAGCAGGGCCACCGGCGGGUGCGGCGGGAGCAGGCAAGGGGUCAGGCCCUGCCCCUCUGCUGCCCGCCGAGAGCAGCCUCUCGCCUGGCUACGCGCUGGAGCCAGCAGCUGGCAGCGAGGGCAAGGCGGGCGGCGGGCGGGGGCGGGGGCGGCGGAAACGGGACAGUGGGCACGUCAGCCCCGGCACCUUCUUCGAAAAGUUCUCUGCCUCGGAGGGCAGCGGGGCUGGCGUCAGCCCAGGGCAGCCGGCGGUGUCUGCGGUGGUGGGGGGCCCGCCAGGGGCCGCGGAACAUGGUGCGGGCACCCCCCACGACAAGCCCCUGACCUCACCCUCCUGGGGCAAGGGCAGCGAGCUGUUGCUGGGGGAGCAGCCUGACCUGAUGUCCUCCCUGGACAGCGGCAUCCAGAGCGUGACCAAGUCGGACAGCAGCUCCCCGCACGUGGACUUUCCCGACGAGGUUAGCACCAGCUAUGGCAACGAGGACGAGGUGUCCUCCAGCUCCGACAACGCUGCCUCCAAGCCCACCCGCAGCCCGCUGCUGGGCGGCUCGCCCAAGCUGCCCCGUGGGGAGCACGCACUUCUCAACGGACAGAAGCCCCUGGCCCUCGGCCUCCUCAGUACGUCUACCUCGACCCCCGACAGCUAUGGGCUCAGCACCACGGCGGGCACCCACCCUGGCACGCCGAGCAUGGAGCAGGUGCGGACCCCCACCAGCACCUCUGCCCAGGAUGAGAUCCACCCCUUAGAGAUCCUGCAGGCACAGAUCCAGCUCCAGCGGCAGCAGUUCAGCAUCUCGGAAGACCAGCCCUUGGGGCUGAAGAGCAAGAAGGGGGAGUGCACAGGGCAGAAUGGGGACAGUGAGCUGGGCAGCUGCUGCUCAGAGGGUGUCAAGGGUGCCAUGAGCACCAUUGACCUGGACUCCCUGAUGGCGGAGCACAACUCUACCUGGUACCUGCCUGGCGAGAAGGCCCUGAUGGAUGGACAGGAGGAGGACAAGCCCAUGGUGCCCUGGGAGAAGCCCAAGCCCCCGAACCCCAGCAAAGAAGCCCACGACCUUCCCCCGAGCAAGACCCCGGCGGCGCAGAGCGGCAGCCACCUGCAGUGCCUCUCGGUCCACUGCACGGACGAGGUGGGCGAGGCGAAGGGCCGGACUGCGGUGCCGACGUGGAGGUCCCUGCACUCGGACAUCUCCAACAGAUUUGGGACUUUCGUGGCUGCCCUGACUUGAACAAAAGAAAUUAUUUUUUUCUCUUUUUAAUUUCAAAGGGCCGCUACUGCUAGGUGGACUAUUUUUCUAGGUUGGUACCUGCUUAGUGGCAUAUGGACUGGAAAGGGUUAAUUUAAAGUAAACCUCAACUUUUUUUUAAUCUUCUGCCACAGUAUGUUACCAGUGUUAACCCUUCUGCAGUUAGCACACUUUUGCUUAAGAUUUUCCUGCUAGACCACUUUUUCCCAUUAUUCUGUAACCUUGGCAUACAUUUAUAGAUGAGGCCUUUUCCUUUUUCAUCUCAGCAUAUGUCCAAGUCACCUACGUCAUAAUGAGACAAAGAUCAUCCUCCUCCUCCUGCUUUUCUUCCUCCUUUGCUUUGGUUUUCUUUGUUUUGUUUUGCUUUGUUCAGUGCUCAUUACGAUGGUGGUCCUGAAGAACAGCAGUUCAGGAAUAAAUGCUGGUUAAAGUGAAAUGGUCAUCAUGAUAGUAUAUAUUAUAUUGACACCCAGCUUCUGCCAGUCACAUACAAACCAAACAGUUAAUGCUCUGUUGAAUAUUCAGGCACCGAGCCUGCCCUUUCCCGAGAAAAUGAUGUUCUGUUAUUAGUAACGUUCAGCCUGGCUUGCUCUCCACCUCCCCCUGCGAGGUGAGGAUGUUCCUUCCUGUAUUUACCUUGGUGAAGCCCAGAGACGGAGCUUGGUCAUGAACGGGCUGGUUCAGGCACAGCCGGGGGAGGUAGAGAGGAGUUUUUCCAAGUCAGUCCAACAGGAAGUUUGCUUAAUAAUUCAGAGUCAUUCUCUCCCCCACUGAACACCAGGCUCCCUCUCUGCUUGCAAGCAGGGGGAGCUGGCAGCCUCCUGGUCCCGGUGAUGCUCCCACAGUUCCCACUUUAUCACUGCUGGAGAAACACCCCCCUUGUGCCCCCUGCACGAGCUGUGCUGCUGGGCCUGUGUCCCCAGAGUCCUGCCAGGCAGUGCUGCUGCACCCUGCCCGUUUUUUACCCAUUUUUAGCUGAAGAAAGAUGCUGUUGAUUAGAAGCCAGGUCCAGUGUCCCGUGUGCUUGUCUGUGGGGCUGUCCCAGUGUGGUGGCAGUGGCUGGGGGUGGGCCCAGCCAGGGGACAUGGGGGCUGUAUCCCCAGGGAAAGCGUUUUGCUGCCUCCAGGGCAGGGAAACCCCACCUUAGAUCUCCCCGAACUCAUUUGAGUCCCCGUUUCCACCACUCACUGAAGAACAGUGUUGCUGGAUGCAGACAAUGAAAGGAAAACCAUACUUUCCUGCUCGUGAUAGAUAAUACUCGUUUCAGAAGAAAGUUGGAAGCAAACCAGCUAAAGCCACAACGGACGUGAUGGUCUGAGGCUCCUGCGGUUUUCCGUAGCGCUGCCAUUACUUGUGCCUCCCCCAAGCCCGGGUUGCUGUCGCGCCCCACACGGGCCAGCUCGCUGGCCUCUGCUCCCUGGUGCUUGGCAACAUCCCUGGAGGUCUGGGUUUUAGCUGUGCACUAAAGGUUGGCCUCUCUGGUGUUAUUUAUUGCUUCUGCAGAGAAUUCACAACGUGUCCCUCCUCAGGGGAUGGAGUUUGAAGACUGCUUUGUAUUUUAUCUUUGAUGAUUGUGCUGGGCCUUUAAUUAUUUUGUAGUAAUGUUCUCAGUAGACACCAAUGGAGAGGAAAUUCUGCCUGAAACACCAGGGGCACAGGGUGGUCCAAAACCCUCACUUGCAGUCAGAUGUGCCUUCAGAGACUUGCAGUGUUUGAAAUGUUAUUUGAAUGUGCUCCUAGUAACCACGCAUGGAUUGAUUUCCUCUUACGGGUCUGGUCAGUGACUUGCCUUUGGAUGAAUUUGGAUAGUUUUUAACCUUGAUUUUAAAUCUUAUUUUACUUUUUAUUGAAGCUGGAGCUGCCGUGAGGAUGAGGAUUUUUGCUCAUCCUGGAGCAAUUGGCUGUGGAGCUGCCUCACGCCUGCUUAGUUUGGAAGAAAAGGAUGGGAUGUUCUGUACCUUCUGUAGGUGUGUGUGUGCUGCCCAGAGCUUGAAGCUCCUCCCUGGCCCUGCAAUAGAACAUCCGUGCCCCCAGUAAUGUACCUCCUGGUAGAACAGUAAUGGUCAGUCCCAGUUGAGACAAUGCCUCUUUGCCCAGGAUUUCUGAAGUCCCAAAUAUGUUUAACUGUAAGUCCUGAUAGCAAAGCACCUGGGGCUGCUGAGCUGAGGGGACUUCAGCGCUGGCUGGGGGCUUCAGUCUGCAGAUCCUGCCCUGUCCUGGUGCUUCUGCCCAUCCCAGCUGGGUGGGGCUUGGAGUAACCCCAGCAAAACACAUGCCCAGACAAACGACCCUGCAUUUCAGCACUUGCAGUUGAAAAUUUAGGAAGCAUUCAUGGUCUGGUGGCAUUCCUGUCCUGGAGUGCUGCCCCAAUGGCUCACUUCUUUGUUUUUAGUUUUUCUGCUGUGCUCAAGAGAACAGGUUUUUCAGGCUUCCUGAGGUCAGGGAUGCACACCCUGUGCUACCAGGAAGAGACCUCUGGGUGAAUGCUGCCCCAGACCAGUCAGAUGGCUUUUAAAUAGAGAUCCUAGUGUAAGUAGAAACCCUGUGACUCAGUUGGUCUCACCCACCCUUUCCUUCUGGUUUGCUCUCUGCAGCUUGUGCUUCUCUCCUGGAGCUGCUGUUCUCAUCCACUUCGGAUUUUUUCACUUGCUCAUAGAAAUACAAAGUGGAAGCAAUUCCUUAAAACCACGGCAAUCCAGACAGUUUUAAAUCCCAUGGAAUGAGAAGGAUGGGCUGUGCUGUGAGGACAUGUCCUCAGCUGCUGAGCUGUGGUUGGUAGAGAGUGAGGAGGUGAAGCCAGGGGCUGGCAGUCUUCUGGGCCUUUCUGCCUGUGUUGUUCUGAAUGCUAUGGCCACAUAGCAUUCCCUUUGCUAACCUCCUAUCGGUUCAGUCUUGUUUCAUUUAAGUGACACAAUCUGAGCAAAAGGAGAUGCUGGGAGCUCUGGUCAAGGCUGGCAGCAGCGCCAGGACCAACCUGGGCUUUUGUGGUUCCUUUGCUUUUUGCUAAAGAUCAGAACAGAAAUGGUACGUGUGACUGACCAGGACAAGCACCAUGUCAUGCUGGUUACCUGGUGUGUUUGGUACUGACAGCAUGUGCAGGAGGCUGGAGCUUUGUUGCAAAGCUGCUGUUGCCUGCAGGAAUAUCAUUGUACUCUUUUUCUCCAUUAAUUUGACACUGAAUGCACUGAUUAAUUUUUUUAGCGUAUAUAAAAUAUCAGCCCUACAUGGUAAGAACUGAAAUGAUUUAAUUUUCUGAGUAAUAAGGCUUCCAACUGAAACAUGUUUAGGAGCUGUAGGUUAAAGCCUGUUGUGCAAGAGGUAAGUUGUGCUCUUGGGGAGGGGAAAACAGGCACAGACAGUGUCAACCCAGGCUGGGUCACAGGCAGGUUGGUGGCAGAGCUGAGCUGUCCCCAGGGGCUGAGCUGCACAGCUGGAAGCUGCUUCCUUGGGAGGAUGAGCUGGUUCAAGAGAGGGUGAAGUUCUAUGAGUUACGUGAUCCCCAAUGACAGGGUAAAGCCAGAGUAAUAUCAGCUCACACCUGCUUGUCCUGUGGGGCUUGCACACCAGAGAUGUUGCACCAAGAAGCCAAAGACCUGUGGGAAAUGUGCCGUUAGGAUUUGCUCGGGGGGAGCCCGGGUGCCAGUCACCUGACCCAGCUCGCUGACUCCUUUGGCAUUUGUUGAAAGAAACCCAGCAUCUACCCUUAGUUAAAAUGUAGUAGCAAACUGAGCAAAAUCUCUCUUGCAUUUAGACUGGGAGGAGUGGGAAAUGAUCUCUGCCGAAAAAAAAAAAAAAAAAAGAGACUAGGCCUUAUUUAUUAAUUACUCCUGUGAAUUUUCUCCAGAUCAUUUCUUCCUAGGGUUACUUCUUCUCUGCUAUUCUCACGUGAUUGUUAGAGCAUCUGUGAGACAGGGUUUAGACUCAUUUUAAUUUAGUUAUGGUGGCUUUGAUCAGCUAGGUAAGGAUUUAAUGGUGUGGUAAGGGCAGAAGGGAACCAAUCAGUGUUGUGUCACCUGGGUCAUUCAAGGACUGGCUCAGACACCAUGGUCCUCGGAGGCAGCCCUGCCCGUGCCAGGGAUGGGGCUGAUCUUUCCCAGUGCCAGCAGGGAGGCAAAACAACGGGGUGAGGUGAGCACGGGGCAGUGUGGGGGCUGCUGGGGGAUGCAAAGGGGACACAGAAACAAAAGUGGUAAAUUUUGAUUAUUUUUGUCAAGCUGCAGUGUAAGGUUUUCUCAAGUAUUAGAUUCACAGCUGUUCAAUGGAUGGUGUGUAAGAUCAUAACCCAUUUUUAUAGAAUUGUUUCUCCUUUAUUGCUUAGGGCUAAUGGAGGAAAUAGUCUAAUUUUGUCUUAGGAAUUCUCUAUUAAAAUUGUUGGUUUGAGUCCAUCCGCUCAUAGAUUCUGACUGAUGAAACUGCAAGCUGUGAUUUCAGCAGUUAUAACUUUAUCACUAUCCAGUACCCAAGAAUAUUACAGCUUUAAAACAGCCUUAAGCAAAAGGAUGUUAUUUCUUUGUACUAAAUUUGGUUCACGGAAAAGAAAAAAAAAUCAAAACAAAACACAACCUCAAAACACUGGUAAUCUGUACUGCAUAGCAAACUUCUGAAAAAUGUUAUUGCACAUGUAAAAUAUGAAAACUUGACUCUGCUGUGUGUUAGGCAAUCCUGUAAUCUUCCUUUUUUUUUUUUCUUUUUUUUUUUUUUUAACUCAUUUCUUAAAUGCUUGGUUGGAAGACUGUGACAAUAGCUCAUGAAACUGAGUGUUAUUUUUUUUUUCCUUUUUUAAAUAUGUAAAGUGCAGUCUUCUGUAUUCAUGCAUAUUGUACAUAUCUGUAUAUGUUUUACUGAGCAACGAAAUAAUAAAUAUGAUGUUAAUGGUG